AUGUCUCAGCGCAGCAGCUUUGAGACAUUCAUGCAGCAGCACUCUCAUAUCAGAUAUGUAACACCAGAUGCUCCCGAGUAUGCAAUCUUGCGCGAAGCUUAUAUUCUUGACUCUCCCGCUGUGCCAUUCGCCAUUGUCCGGCCACGGGACGCGGAAGAUGUUGCAACGCUUGUCUCCUGGGCUACGUCGGAAGGCGUGGGCAUCACCGUCCGGUCGGGAGGUCAUGACCUCUUCGGACGGUGCUUCGCGCAAGAUGCGCUCGCCAUUGACAUGCGCGAUAUCGACUUCAUAACGGUGGAUUCUUCUGGGAGCUCUGCUACUAUUGGGGGUGGCAUUCUUGCGUUCAAGCUGGCCGAGGAGCUCUCAAAGCAUCACCUGGCUACCGCGUUUGGGUCGUUUGCGACUGUCGGUUACGUUGGCUGGGCUACACAUGGAGGAUAUGGUGCCCUCGAGGCUAAUUACGGCCUAGGUGUCGAUCAAAUCAUCGGUGCGACGUUGGUAAAUCCUCAAGGCGAAUUAGUUACAGCGGACACGGAGAUGCUGGAAGCUAUUCGCGGAGGUGGAGGCUGCCUGGGCGUCAUUGUGGAUUUGACUGUCAAGACUUACCCGCUGAAAGAAGUUUUGGGCGGUGUCAUAGUCUAUAAGUCUCAAGAGCUGUCUGCCACACUGCACAUGUUCUCCAGCGGGUACAAAGCUCUGGCGAAGAACGGACUCCCAAAAUCGCUUGGCAUUCAACAAAGUGUGGUCAACACUCCAUUUGGCAAGGCGCUUGCGGUUGGUUUCCUUUGGAGCUCGGAUGAUAUCGAAACCGGUCGGCAAUGGCUAGAUCAGGUCACUCCACUCGGAGGAGAAGUUGCUCUCAACACGGUCAAGGCCACAACGACACCUGAAUGGAUGGCAAUCUCAACGGAACUGCCCCCAAAAUCUGCAUAUGGCGGCAAUUGUACAAUCAGCGUCAAGGAGAUGACUGAUGAAGUCGUCGCCGUUAUGGCCCAGGAAUUUGCCAAGAUGCCUGACGACCCUGCCACCUUGUUUUCAGCGCAUCAGCUACGUGGUCCCUCAGCAGCGCCCCGGGCAGGAUCCGUCUUUAGUGCACGCACGCCUCACUAUGUAUUUGAGUUCAUCGGUACGACGAGUUCCCCGGACCGAGCCCAGGAGUCAUGGCUGUGGGUUACCGGGUUUCGCGAUGCACUUCGGAAGACGGACCCAGAAAACCUGCUAGAAACAAGUUAUAUCUCCUUGACACCACCGGCGGAAGCUCGCUGCUCUACUAUCUAUGGGUCUCAGUGGCAGCGUCUGGUGGAGCUCAAGAACCGUUACGAUCCGAGGAAUAUUUUCUGUUAUUCCUUAGCCCAGUUCAACUAA